UUAUUUUCAUUCAGAAAUGGCACCUCGUAAAGGCAAGGAGAAAAAGGAAGAACAGGUCAUUAGCUUGGGCCCUCAGGUUGCCGAAGGCGAGAAUGUGUUCGGGGUCUGCCAUAUCUUUGCUUCCUUCAAUGACACUUUUGUCCACGUGACUGAUCUCUCUGGCAAGGAAACCAUCUGCCGUGUGACYGGUGGCAUGAAGGUGAAGGCUGACAGAGAUGAGUCUUCUCCUUACGCUGCUAUGCUGGCAGCCCAGGACGUUGCCCAGCGGUGCAAGGAACUGGGCAUCACUGCUCUGCACAUUAAGCUGCGUGCUACUGGUGGAAACAGGACCAAGACCCCUGGACCUGGUGCCCAGUCAGCCCUGAGAGCUCUGGCUCGUUCUGGGAUGAAGAUCGGCCGCAUUGAGGACGUCACCCCCAUCCCCUCUGACAGCACRCGCAGAAAGGGUGGUCGCCGUGGCCGUCGUCUGUAACCAAUGCUGCAUCUUUCGUUAUUAAAACUCUCUUACAAACCUC